GCCCGCCCGACGGGAGCGGCAUCGGGGACGGCGGCACGAAGAGCUCCGCUGCUCCUCAGCCCCGGUGGGGCCAUGCGGCUGCUGCUGCUGCUGCUCUGCUGCGCGGCUCUGUGCCACCCCGGCUGGGCGGUGCGGGGACCCGGCACUGUGGAGGGGUACAUCGGGGGGUCCCUCUCGGUGUCCUGCUCCUACCAGGAGGGGUAUGAAAUGAAGCCGAAAUUCUGGUGCUACCCUGGGACAGUUAGAAGCUGCUCACAUGACAUCGUCAUCACCUCGGAGAAGGAGCCCGGGGUGAAGCAGGGCCGGACCUCCAUCUGGGACAACCGCACACAGCGGGUGUUCACUGUGACCAUGAAGGACCUGACUGCGAGGGAUCACGGCACCUACCGCUGUGGGGUGCGAACAGACCUAUUGCGGUGGGAUGUCACUGACACGGUGCGGGUCAUUGUGUCCUCAGGUCCUAAAUCCAAACCCUCAGCAUCGCCCUCCGCAUGGACUGUUCCCCCUGACCCCAUUUCGGGCCCCACGUGGACAUCUCCCCAGCAGGAAACUGCAAAGCAGACUGCACGCCCCACUUCCCCUGAAGACCUCAGUGAAGAGCAGUUGGACGUAGUCACGGGCAUCCUCAUCCCGUGCAUCGCAGUGGUUCUGUUUUUCCUUGCACUUGCAGCUGCCGUUUUGGUAAUUCUGUCCUGGAAGAGGAAGAAGGCCCUCGCAGGAGCACCCAUCGAGAUGGGCAGCACUCGUGGCACAGCCAACGCGAAUUUGGAAGGGAAUACAGAGACCCUUAAUACCCAGGUGAGCAGAAUCCCUCUGGAGGAGCAGGAGCAGCUCUACACCAACGUGGUUCCCAGGCGGCAGCGUGCAGCACAGUGAGGAUGGGGAGCCAGCACUGCUGUCUGCUGGGCCGACGGUGGCAGGAGCUGCUUUGGACGCUGAGACCCACUCGGGGGCAUCAGGACAGUGCUUUGGGCAGCCAGGAACCGGCUGCAUGACAGAGCUGCUGCUCUCGUAGGCUCCGGUGCUUCUUUGGAAAAGCCCAAGACAGGAAGAGGUUGAGCAAGAGGGGAUAACAUCACCCCCUGCGUUCAGAGACCUCGUGCCCAACGUGGCAACCGUGCCGGGAGCAAAAAAUAGGCCCUGCUUUUGGGUGUCCCGGGCUGGGGGCGCAGCUGGCAGAGAUGCUCCCACCCGUCCUGCGCAGCCGCUGGGAAACGGCUCCUCGCAUCCCCGCCCUCCCCCACGUCAGUCCGCGCUGCCUCCGUGCCCCGCAGCCCCGCCGGGAGCGCAUCGCGAUGGGCCGUGGCUCAGCCCCCGCUCCCCCGUCCCACCGCAGCCCAUCACGUACUCCUGGGCACCCUCUUGAUGCAUCGUCCGCCGUAAAACACCGCUCCUUUCUCAAAGCAGCCGA